AUGGGAGCCAAGAGAUCAUCAUCUAUUUGCUCCUUUGGCAGUGUAUUCAAGGCUUGUUUCUCAGGUGGAAGCCAUUACAGUGACUAUUGGGAAGGUAGUGGGAGUGGGAGAAGGAUAUUUGCAAGUGAUGAAGAUAGAGGGCAUUGGGUUGCUGAGCCUGGCAUUGAUAGAAAAGCCUCUGAGUUCAUUGCUAGAUACUAUGCCACUCGAGUCACUGACUCUAAGCAACAAUUUGCAUCUUAA